AUGCUCCAAUGCUCCCGAGUAGACGGCACGACGCCAUAUCACAGCCUGACCUUGGGCGUACUCACGGCACAGGCGCCCAUCGCCGAGCUCUGCGUGCUAGCGCUCCGCGACCCGCGCGCGGGGUGGAAGCCGGCCGAUGGCGACCCCGCCAAGAUUGGGGCGGCGGCGGCCAUGCUGGAGGAGUACCUCUCCAUCGUCAUCCGCGACGGUGCCUUGGUCGCGCUCCCGCAGCUCAUCGAGGGGUACGCGCCGCCGCUCAACGCGCUGCCGCUCUUCACGCUCCGCCUCGCCUCGCACGUCGACUGGCUCGAUCGAGUUGGCGCGGUCGAGGAGGCCGAGUCGGAGGCGGCCGCCACGCCGGCGGCGGGGGAGGCGGCGCGGACGCCCGCCUGGACAGUGCAGCACGUUCUGCUGCCGAGCAUCCGGCGGAGCUACGAGCCGCCGGCGGCGCAGUCGACCGACCACACCGUGGUCCAGGUGGCGUGUACGGAGCAGCUCUAUCGCAUCUUCGAGCGCUGCUGA